UACCAUUUGCUUUGCCUUUUGUGUGUCGGCAAUCUCUGCUUCUAUCGAUCUUGGUGUCGCCUUCAUUUCGUCUGAAAUCCUGUGUUUUGCGUCUUGCAAAAUAUUCAUCGCAAAGAUUGUCGUGUUAUUUUUUUUUUUUUGGGGAGUUUGUUUGGGUUCUCUGUUUUGAGACAAGUUUUGCAUCUCUGUAAAUCGUUUCUCCCCAAUUGUCAUCGGCUUUCCGACCAAUUUUUGGUGCGGUCUGGGUGCGAUCUUUGUUCAGAUCAUCGUAAUUUUUAUUUAUUUAACUCAGUUUGUCGAGGCUUUGUCGGCUAAGAGCGGAUUUUGCGUUUGGUUUACUCCGCUGAUAAAUCUGAGAUUUAACAGGAGUUCGAAGGCGACUGUUGGUUUGGGUUUUCCAAGUGUACAAGGAGGUUGAUGGGUUGAGUUCGGUUACACAGAUAACGCUGCAGUAUACCGUAUAACGGACGGGCGAGUAUUCUGGUUGGUUUUGAUAGUUGAUUUUGAAUAGGCAAAUGUCACAGUCUUUGAGUUUGGCCUCUACAGGCCUUUACAAAUUUGGAUUGAGCCCUCAAACCAGAGUUUCUACCGGGAAAUACAGAGUCUCUACUUUGAGAUCCUCACCUGGGUUUUUUCGUGUCCGAGCUGUUCAAGAGGGUGGAGGGUCUCGAAGACUAGUUGAUAUCAUCAGAACUGUGCCAGAACUCUCGAGGAACUAUUUUAGAAGUCCAUCACGCAGGGCUCUCUUUGGUGGAAUCUCUUUGUUGGGUGGCUUUUAUGUGGCACAAACGAUAUCUUUGUCAUUUGGAGCUUUAGGAGUCAACGAUGUUAUUGCUGCAGUCGUGUGUGUUCUCUUGACAGAGUAUGUGACAAAAUUUUAUUACAGCCGACCAAAAGUAACAUUCCCCAUCGCUCUUCUCAACAAUUUCAAAAUGGGAUUCACUUAUGGUCUGUUCAUCGAUGCGUUUAAGCUAGCCAGUUAAUGGCAUAUUGGAAACAAGUAAUUUGUCUUCGUGAUGAAGCCCUUUUGGUUUGGCCUAUGUAAAGUUCUCUGUGUUUGAUAGUGCUAUAGAUUAAAAGAUAAAUUUCCCUAUGUAUUUAUUUGCUUUUCACCGUAUGCAGAUUUGCCUAUGGAUUUUGCUACUUGGAAAGGAAACACUGUUCAGGAUAAGCUGGAGUUUUGUUUAUGCAUACUACAUUCAAUGUGAUGUUUGACUAACA